AUGGGCUUGCUUCUAUCGGUUUUGGUGGCGUGCGUGGGAUUUGUCGAGCUACUCGACUUCUUCUACAAUGUUAGAAGAAAUUUGGUUCCUGCGGAGAACCCAGGUACACUUCAAACAUUCGUAAAAGACAUUGACACUGGCAAAGGAAUAGACGUUACGGAGGUCGAUGACGAUCGAAUACCUCGCGUGAGAUUAGACCGAAUUCUCAGUCACGAAGACAUCGAAAUAGAAUUCAACAAAAACGUCCUUGAAAACCGUUCAAGUUCAAAUUUACAAAAACGUUACCUUGUCACCGAGAAGGAAGAAAAAGUCAGAUCUAGAACGCCGUCGCCAAGACGAUUUGUGGUUACCGAAGAAUCCAACGGUUCACUACAAAGAUCAAACCACCAAAACUCAAUACCAGAAUUUUUAUUUCAGGAAAAACAAAAUGGAAAUGCAUCUUCUACUAAUAAACGAAUAGUUCUAAAAGGACAAGAAGAAACAGGUAGGAGCUCGCCCAUACCUCUACCUCUCCCCAAGCAAUUUGUUGUCACUGAAGAAGUAUUAACCCACUUACAAGCCCAAAAACCAAUACCAAAUAUAGAAAUUCGCGACAGUGUUUGCGAAGCAAUAUCGCACCAAGCAAAUCCAUCAAUUGAACAAAAAGAAUUGUUUAUAAACACAGAAAACAAUGAGGUUAGAAUAUUUGAAACCACCUCAGCAAAACUCGAUCAAUUUCUUACAGCAGAAAGACUAUCACCUGCUAGAUCCAGGUCACCAUCACCAAUCCCGAGAAAAUAUGCCGAGGCUUUCAGACGAUCUCCAUCGCCAUUCCCAUCGUUUGAGCUUAUGGCACCAAGAAACAGUAUUUGUACUGAAUUACUGGAUAACCCACCUGUAAGCGUUAUGGAGGUAGACGAAGAAUGUUAUAGAUCCAAAUCACCAUCACCAGAAAAUUACAUUGUUGAACACACCAAUAACAAUACUGUUGAAUAUAGAACAAAUAAAGUAAAAGUGACUACGCCUGAAAGAUCCAAAUCUCCAAAUACAACAGUUGUCAGUGCUUUAAGUGUCCCUCAGGGAACUCGUUCUAGAUCUAAAUCUGAAUCAGAUAGCAAGGACUACAAUUUCAAUACAGGCGCAGUAAAAAAGGCAACGUCUCAAAACCAAGUUACAAUUGAGGAAGAUUUUAGCAAGAGAAAUUCUGAAGAUGUUAUGUACGACGAAUCGUUUUUAAAUGAACUGGAUGGCGUCAAAAGUAAACACAAAGGUAGGAACAGGAAACAAAGAAGGAAAUCAACGCAAAAAAAUAACUCGUUAGAUAAACCGAGUACUUCUACUCAACAGACAACUACUUAUGAUAAUGAAGGGAAAAAGAAAGAACCCGAACCGUUUUGGGUAAAUCAAAAAAAUUCAUAG